CCCCAUCUGUUUUGAUAUGAUUGAAGAAGCCUACAUGACAAAAUGUGGACACAGCUUCUGCUAUAAAUGUAUUCACCAGAGCUUGGAGGACAAUAACAGAUGUCCCAAAUGCAACUAUGUCGUGGACAACAUAGAUCAUCUUUAUCCCAACUUCUUAGUCAAUGAACUUAUUCUUAAACAGAAGCAAAGAUCUGAGGAGAAAAGACUCAAAUUGGACCAUUCAGUGAGUAGCACCAAUGGCCAUAGGUGGCAGAUAAUUCAAGACUUGUUGGGGACUGAUCAAGACAAUCUUGACUUGGCCAAUGUCAACCUGAUGCUGGAGCUGCUGGUGCAAAAGAAGAAGCAGUUGGAAGCAGAGUCCCAUGCUGCCCAACUGCAGAUCCUCAUGGAAUUUCUCAAAGUUGCCAGGAGAAACAAACGAGAGCAAUUGGAGCAGAUCCAGAAGGAGCUAAGUGUUCUGGAAGAAGAUAUUAAACGAGUAGAGGAAAUGAGUGGCUUGUACUCGCCAGUGAGUGAGGACAGUACGGUGCCGCAGUUUGAGGCUCCCUCCCCCUCACACAGUAGUAUUAUCGACUCCACAGAGUAUAGCCAGCCUCCAGGCUUCAGUGGCAGUUCCCAGACCAAAAAGCAGCCAUGGUAUAACAGCACACUGGCUUCACGACGCAAGCGGCUCACGGCUCAUUUUGAGGACCUAGAGCAGUGCUAUUUUUCCACCAGGAUGACACGUGUCUCGGAUGACAGCAGAACCACAAGCCAGCUGGAUGAGUUUCAGGAGUGUCUAUCCAAGUUCACGCGCUACAAUUCUGUCCGACCCCUGGCGACGCUCUCUUACGCCAGUGACCUCUACAAUGGCUCCAGCAUCGUGUCCAGUAUCGAGUUCGACCGAGACUGUGACUACUUUGCCAUCGCUGGGGUAACAAAGAAGAUUAAAGUGUAUGAGUAUGGUACAGUCAUUCAGGAUGCGGUGGAUAUUCACUACCCUGAGAAUGAAAUGACCUGUAAUUCCAAAAUCAGCUGUAUCAGCUGGAGUAGUUACCACAAGAACCUGCUAGCCAGCAGCGACUAUGAAGGCACCGUCAUCCUCUGGGAUGGAUUCACGGGACAGAGAUCCAAGGUCUACCAGGAGCAUGAGAAAAGGUGCUGGAGUGUUGACUUUAACUUGAUGGACCCAAAGCUAUUGGCUUCAGGCUCUGAUGAUGCCAAAGUGAAGCUGUGGUCUACCAACUUGGACAACUCAGUAGCAAGCAUCGAGGCCAAGGCUAAUGUGUGUUGUGUCAAAUUCAGCCCCUCUUCUAGGUAUCACCUAGCUUUUGGCUGUGCAGAUCACUGUGUUCACUACUAUGAUCUUCGCAACACUAAGCAGCCAAUCAUGGUGUUCAAAGGGCAUCGCAAGGCAGUCUCCUACGCAAAAUUUGUGAGCGGGGAAGAAAUCGUCUCUGCGUCAACAGACAGUCAGCUGAAGCUGUGGAACGUAGGGAAGCCUCACUGCUUGCGCUCCUUCAAGGGUCACAUCAAUGAGAAGAAUUUCGUCGGGCUCGCGUCCAACGGAGACUACAUCGCCUGUGGAAGUGAAAAUAAUUCCCUUUACCUAUACUAUAAGGGCCUUUCAAAAACGUUGCUGACAUUCAAGUUUGAUACAGUCAAAAGUGUCCUGGACAAGGAUCGGAAAGAAGAUGACACAAAUGAGUUUGUGAGUGCUGUAUGCUGGAGGGCGCUACCAGACGGGGAGUCCAAUGUGCUGAUUGCUGCUAACAGUCAGGGUACAAUUAAGGAUAGCAGGGAGGGUAAGAAAGCGCAGACAGUCUUCACGAGUCACAGUCACGCCAAGCUGUCGGGAUUGCUGCCAGAGCUCGUUAAGCUGGAGAGCGAAAUCGGUGUUAAAAGCGCAGGAGGACUGCGUGGUCUUCUCGCAAACUUUGGUGACAGAGCAGAAAAGAAAAGCAAGUCUGAUCUUGGGAUUAUGAACAGAGAAGCAGGAGCCUUCUGGCAGAACUGGGGACAGAUCCUGUCCUCAUUCAACGUUGGUGCCUGUUUCUAG